GCAGAGAUCAAGACCAAGACGCAAUGGUAACUCCCAUCCAAGAGAAUCUUGUCACCAAGAACAAAGAAUACGCCUCGAGCUUCACAGAUGGCCAUCUUGCACUCCCGCCAGCAAAGAAAUACGCCGUUGUAACUUGCAUGGACGCACGGAUUGACCCAGCAUUAGCUUAUGGAAUCAACCUUGGCGAUGCGCAUGUAAUCCGCAAUGCAGGAGCCUCAGCCAAAGACGCUCUUCGCUCUCUCGUCAUUUCAGAACAACUUCUCGGCACCGAAGAAAUCCUCCUCAUAAAGCACACCGGCUGCGGCAUGCUGACCUUCAAGAACGAAGACGCUGCCGGCAUCGUCAGGAAGAAUCUUGGCGAGGAAGCUGCAGCAGAAUUGGGAGCGUUUAAGGGGGACUUUUUACCCUUUCCCAAUUUGGAAGGCGCGGUAGUAGAGGAUGUGGAGUUUUUGAAGGGGAGUAAGUUGAUUCCAGAAAAGAUUAAGGUUAGUGGGUGGGUUUAUGAAGUUGAGACGGGGAAGGUCAGGGGUGUUAUUUGA